UCUGUCAAAGUCAGCUGUUCGGCACACAUCCAGCGCACACACAACCCAAAACAAAACCUUCCGCAAAUUUUACACAAUGCCGAAAAAUUACGAAGCCGAAAAGAACAACCCCUGUUUGAAGGAGCAGGAACUGUCCUACAAAUGUCUCAGCAAGAACAACUUCGACCACGGCAAGUGUGAGCUGUAUUAUGCAAACUACAACAAUUGCAAGGAGUUUUGGAACAAAGUGCGAGCGGAUCGACGCGCGAACGGUAUCUUCCCUUACCUGCCAGAUGUUGCCGACCGGGAAAGUAUCAAAGCCGAGUAUAUGAAGACGAAACCGACGUGAAGCACAGCACAGGACGGACGUGGGUGACACGAGGCCACCGUUAGCAAUCAGGGGUUUUCGUUAAUUUGUAGAUAAUGGAGUGAAAUAAAAGCGUUUGCACGGGGAUGUAAACAGUCUCGCGACGGAGCA